UGUGCGUCAGUGGCGCGCGCCGUGGGAAACCUGACCAGCCGCAUGGCCGCCGGUUGUCCGGAGCCUCCGCGGGCCCAAGCGGCCUCGGAGGGGCCGGUGGCGGGGCCCGCGGGUGUCCUGCCCUGCCUGGAGCUGCCGACCUACGCCGCCGCGUGCGCGCUGCUGAGCAGCCGCUACUCCUGCCUGGUGGCGGGGCCGCACCGCAGGCACAUCGCGCUGUCGCCGCGCUACCUGCACCGGAAACGCACGGGGAUCCGGGAGCAGCUGGACGCGGAGCUGCUGCGCUAUUCCGAAAGCCUUCUAGGUGUCCCCAUUGCAUAUGAUAACAUUAAAGUAGUGGGUGAACUGGGAGAUAUUUAUGAUGAUCAAGGACACAUUCAUCUUAAUAUUGAAGCCGAUUUCAUUAUUUUCUGUCCUGAACCAGGGCAGAAGCUUAUGGGUAUAGUUAAUAAAGUGUCUUCCAGCCACAUUGGCUGUUUAGUACAUGGGUGUUUCAAUGCCUCCAUCCCUAAACCUGAGCAGAUGCCAACUGAGCAGUGGCAGACCCUGGAGAUAAAUGUGGGCGAUGAACUAGAAUUUGAAGUAUUUCGUUUAGACUCAGACGCUGCUGGAGUAUUCUGCAUUCGGGGAAAACUAAAUAUCACCAGUUCAGAAACCGAGUGCCUUGCACAUUCCGAAGCAGUAACAGAAACUGGGACUGAAGAAGCUGCUGAAAAACCUCCAAAGAAGAAGAAGAAGAAGAAGAAGAAGAAGAAAGAGCCAGAUGACGUUGAGGGUGGUGCCACGGAGCUAGCAGAUCUCUCAGAUGUCACCGGGAGGGAAGAGACAGACCUACAGGUAGAUACUGAUGUGAAUGGGCUCUGGGAGGAAGAGCCAAAGAGGAAGAAGAAGAAGAAAAAGAAGAAAGACCCAGAGCUGGAUGAAGUAGAAGGUGGUACCACUGAGCUAGCUACUGUCCCAGAAGUCGCCAUGAAGGAAGAGACAGACUUGCAGGUGGAUAACACCAUGAAUGUGAAUGGCCUCUGGGAGGAAGAACCAAAGAAGAAGAAAAAGAAAAAGAAGAAAGACCCAGAGCCAGAUGAAGUAGAGGGCGGUAUCACCGAGCUAGCAGAUGUCCCAGAUGUCGCCUUGAGGGGAGAGACAGACCUGCAGAUCGAUAAUGUGAACAGUGGCCUCUGGGAGGAAGAGCCAAAGAAGAAGCAGCACCAGGAAGACCAGAACCAGGACCCUGUUUUUCUGGGCAGUGACUCCAGUGGUUACCAAAGUGACCAUAAAAAGAAGAAAAAGAAAAGAAAGCACCGUGAGGAGGCUGACUUGGCCCCACUUUUGGAACACUCUCCUAAAAAGAAAAGGAAAAGAUGAUUUUCUUUAGUACAUUGUAAAUACGAUUGUUUUAAAAGAUCGAUUUAUACACAGUAGAUGAAAUGUUUGAAUAAUAUGAAAUAAUUCUCAAAACAGGAAACUAUUAAACUGCCAUUUUAUUGUAUACAGAGUGAAAGGUAAGAUCUCUCAGUCUUAACUUUGGCAUUUUUCCAGUUUUUACAUUCUAAAUAAAAUUAUUUCUACAAACUCAAUACCAGCAAAAGGACUUUAUAAUACAGUGUUAUAUUAUUAAAGAGUCAAUUUGA